AUGAAGUUCCAAAGCACCUCUACAGCCGCAGCUUUGCUGCUAGGCCAAGCUUUUGCCCUACCUCUGCCGUCUUCAAACAUAUUUCGCCGGGAGGUUCCCCAGGAGCAUUCCCAUGAUGUUUUCCUCUCCAUUACCAACGAAGCUCUAGCGAAGAGCAACCCCAAGGGCAUCACAGAUGCUGUAUUUGGACUUCUUGGUAAUGCAGCGGCUGCAGGCGGCGCUGGAAGCGUAACCAAUCUUGACUGCCUCAAACAAGAGACAGCCGAUCAGGCUUUUACCAACGGCAAAGCUGCUGGAGAUAUUCGAUUGAUGGCUGGAGCGUUGGUAUACCAGGCCCUGGAGAGGAAUACUGGUAAAGUCGGGCUGGCAAGUGUGACUUGUACUGAGCAAGCUGUCAACCCCGAAAUCCAAGCUGUAAAGCCUCACCAAGACCCAGCAUCUGCCAAUGCUGCUUCUAUUAACAAGGGUAUCACUCUUGAGCUCGCGAAGCAGCUCAAAGCUAUCGGCGCAGAUCCCAAUCUCGCUCUUCUGAGCGGUACCUUUGCUCCAGGAGAUCUUAAUGAUGCAACAGGCAAAGGCAAAGCUUGUGACGACCCUGAUCCUACUCUUGGAUGCAUCUACUCAACAGGCACGCUUGUUCUCGAUGCGAGCCAAGAUGAAGUCGCUUCCGCGGUUGCUGCUGUAUCCCAAACGUUUACUGGCACUGGCGGCAUUCAAGCCACAGCUUUGGUUGACUUGAGUAAAUUCUCGAUUGCCAACGCUCAAGGUAGUGGCGCUGCUCCAACGCCGAGUGCGAAUGUCGCGACGACCUCACAGGCAGCUGCGGCAGCAACUCCCACCACGGCUUCUCAAGCUGGUAACGCAGCUUCUCAAACCGGAGCCUCUAGCAGCAGUGAGACUUCAACUUCAACAGCUAGUGGAAACAACGUCCAGGCGUUUACCGGCACCCUUGGCGGCCCCCCUCCGCCUGUCGUUUCAGGCACGGGAAACCGACCGUUUUCUGUCAAUGGAGAUACCUUUGUCACCGUCGGAGCCGCUCUGCAACGAUCAUGCAGUAUCCAGCACAACGCGUGUGCCAAUGACGCCAACUCUGGCAAGCUCUCCGGGGGAGUUGGUCAAUGUGAUACGCAGAACACCCAGUGCACAGCAGCCGCUGCAUCUGGUGCUACCAGCAACAAUGACAGCAGCGCGGCAAACAACACGGCCACUGAUAGCAGCGCUGCUAGCGGUACCGCUGCGAAUGGAAAUGCAGCCGGCGCUGCUGGAAGUUUCGGCUCAUGCUCCAACCCCAGCAUCAAGUUCGCCAAUGGCCUUGAUGGCCGUACGGAGCCUGCAUUUGCCCCAGUAGAUGAAGCUGACUUCAAUCACGGCUCAGCUUUGAACAUCAAGGUCAUUGCAGACUUCAUUUGCGAUCGACUCAACUCUAGCUGCAAAGCCGGUGCCGCAGUAGUGUCGACGUGUCAAAGUGCCUCUGCAGCGGCCUCCCAGUUGCAGGGCCAGGCUGCAGCAGAUGCUUUUAACAAGGCUUUAGGAGUCUCUGCUAAUUGAGGUGCCUGAGAUUCAGUGAGGCUGGACUGUCAUUUUCAGAUGUUCAUCUGUGUACAUGUACCAGCGCACCAGCUUAUAAACCCAAGAUAGUUAAGCAUAGGCCAUUGAAACAAUGAAGACAGGAAAUUGCGGAAGGUUCUAUAAACAGUACAAUUUUAAUUUUUCGUUUUUGAAAGUGAUUGGCGCGUACAAGCAAAACGUGAUGUAACUCUACAUAGAAGGGGGAAUUGCCAAGUUUUCCAAUUUAGACCACUGAAUAUUAUUUAUGAGCGCAAGAUUAAUAUUCGCCAUUGCUUCAUUUUACCAGAGGGAACCAGCAAGCCAAACCCGGUUCUCAUUCCAGCUUACCCAAAGCUCUUAAAUUUCGGCUGGAGGCCUUCACAAGCAAUCCGCAGCGUAGCAAUGAUUUUCAAUAUGAUCCUUUUUCUUCCCAAGCAAACCAUCGAUCGAAGAUAAGAGUAGCCUCGAAUCGAAAUCAGCAGCGCAGAAAGUCUAGCUGAAGCAGAUUGAUCGGAUUCGUUAAUUUGGUGCUGGCGGUCACGGAAACAUCCCUGGCUCUGGGCGGGAAAUGUAUCGCAUGCAAAGGGUCAAAGUUUGCUCAACUCGAGCUACGUA